AUGUGUUUAAGAAUUAUUUUUUGCAAUUGGCAAGGAGUCUCAUGCGCUCGUCGACAUCAACGUGUGACACUCCUAAACCUGUCAUAUCUCGCAUUGGUGGGCUCUGUAUCUCCUCAAAUUGGAAACCUCACCUUCUUGAGGACGAUUGAUCUCGGUAACAACAGCUUUCAUGGUGAAAUCCCCCAAGAAAUUGGCAAGUUGUUUCGUCUGCAAUAUCUUUGGCUUAACAAUAACUCUUUCCAAGGUGAAUUUCCUACCAAUUUGACUCAGUGUUCACACUUGAGAGGUAUCCAUAUGUCCCGUAACAAUCUAGGUGGUAAAAUUCCUACCGAGUUGGGUUCUUUGUCCAAUCUCUCCAUCUUGACUCUUGGAGACAACCGUCUCACUGGAACUAUCCCACUUUCAAUUGGGAACCUUUCCAAUCUACGUCUGCUUUGUCUACCGUAUAAUAAUCUAGAGGGAAGCAUUCCCACCCAACUUGGGCAGCUUUCCAAGUUGGAGUUUCUUCAACUGUCUGUAAACAAUUUGUCCGGUAUGGUUCCUACAUCUCUUUACAAUAUCUCAUCAAUCUAUUACUUCUCCAUCGCUGACAACCAAUUGCAUGGAAUUCUACCACCAGAUUUAGGGUUGACCCUUCCAAAUUUACAAGUUAAUUUUGCCGUGAAUUUGUUUACUGGUCCCAUGCCUAUGAAUCUGGGAACCCUUGAUGCUUUAGAAACUCUAGGUGCUUCUGGCAAUUCACUUGGAACAAACCAAGCCAAUGAAUUAAUGAGCUUCCUCACUUCUUUAUCCAAUUGUUCCAAUCUACAAGCUCUGGAUUUGAAUAUUAAUGAUUUUAAAGGUUUUAUGCCCCAUUCUAUUGCAAAUCUCUCCACCAAGAUCACUUGGUUUAGUCUAGAAAACAACUAUACAUCUGGAAGCAUACCUCUUGGUAUUGGGAACCUUGUAAAUUUGUAA